CCGGGAGAUCGGGACACAGGGGGACCGCAAUGGGGGGACGGAGCCUCUGCACGGGGGAGACCAAGAUCCGUAGAGGGUGAGAGGCAGGCAGGGAUUUGGGGCCAGGGGAACCACAGGCUUGAGCAAGGCAGGGUGCCAGUGUUUACACUGCGGUUCCCGGGGCUGAAAACAGCUCCUCUGUUCUUGCAGCCCAGAAACACCAGAGCCCCCCGUGGGAAGACCCCAGCCUUAAAGAAGCAGAGCACAGCCGGCAGGGUGGUACCACAGCCCUCCUGGGCAGCCUCCCUGGUCCCUCCUGGACAUGGCAUCCCACCAGUGGUCUCCAUCCCACCCUUUUAGGGAUGGGUACCAAGGCUGGAAGCAUGGCACUGACCACCAGCGCUCACGGGGUCCCCUCAACAGACUGAAAUGGGGGGGUAGUGAGCAGGGAGACACGUGGUGGAACCCUCCCCCUGCCCUCCCCACCUGCACCGAGCUCCAAUCUAGUGGGGUAGAGACAGGAGUAUCGGGGGAGGCAGCAUCACAGCCUCUUUGUGCCACCUGGCGGUGACAAGAGCAAGUGACGGGGACGAAAAUGGGAAGGAAACUUGAACAGGGGCUAUUGCUGCUACCACCGGGGAUGAGUCACGUUUGGCCGGCAAGUGAAUCUACCCCAGGUCUGCCUGAGGGAACCAUCCCCCAUCUCACCCCUUCUGCUCUGACGAUGAUCCUGCCACUAACACUUCUCCCCAGCAGGGUCUGCUGCUCCUCCCCACUGAGCUGGGUUUCCCCGUCCAGGGUGCUGGGCUACGUCUGAGUCACUUUCCAGGCGGCCAACCCUGGGACAGGCUGUGCAGGACCCACAGUCACAAGUGAAGGACCCAGGCGGCUGUGCCCUGCUCUCCGUGCCUCCACCAGCCCAGGCCUUCCCAGGCUCUGAGUCCAGAGCCAGGACAGCCUGAGUCACAAGAAAUCACAGCAUUUCCAAGUACCCAUGGCAGAAGAGAGGACUGUCCUCAAGGUCACCCAGGACCUGAAAGCUGCCGUCUCUGCCAUUGUCCAGGGCUACUCAGAUGGGCAGCAACCAGUGACAGAUGCCAGUGCUGAGCUGCACAGACUCUGCGGCUGCCUGGAGCUGCUGCUGCAGUUCGACCAAAAAGAGCACAGGAGCUUCCUGAGGCCUCAGAAGGAUUACUGGGACUUCCUCUGCACUGCCCUGUGGCAGCAGCGUGGGGACACAGAGCCGACCCGCUUCGUCCACUCACAGAACAAGUUGAAGACCCCGCUGGGGAGAGGUCGUGCCUUCAUCCGCUUCUGCCUCGCCCACGGACAGCUGGCCGAGUUCCUGCAGCUCUGCCUCCUGGACCCACAGCUCACCAGGGAAUGGUAUGGCCACCGGAGCCCUCUGGUGUGCCCUGAACUCCAGAAAGACAUCCUGGACUCUCUCUAUGCUCUCACUGGUGUGGCCUUUGACUUGGAUCUGCAGCGGCCAGACCUUGAUGAAGCCUGGCCCAUGUUCUCAGAGUCACACUGCUCCAAUUCCAGCCGGACUCAGGGAAGAAGACCCAGAAGGACCAAAGAUUCCCCAAAGAAGAUCGCUGCCAAACAUGGAGACCCCAAAGGAGUUCAGCUGGAAGAGCCACACACCAGCCAAGCUGGCUGUCAGGGAGCUGCCCUCAAGGAAGUCUGCUUGGAGGGAUACGCUGGAUCCCAGAAACACAGACAUCUUCCCCACUUAUUGGAAAAGAAGAGAAACAAUUCCAGGAGCCUCAGGCCUGCCCAGAGUGGCUGGGAAACAGCAGGGGAAGAGCUUCGGCAAGACCAGGAGGAGGGAAGCCUCAGGAAUGGGAUCUGCUUGGAGAACUCAACAUGCAGCAUCCAGGGCCAGGGGGACAGGGCCAAGAGGGCUCCGAAGGAGGUGACGGGGACAGAGGAUCAGAGGACAGCAGAGAGGGUGCACAAAGAGGAAGCCGAAUGGGGUCAUGUCCAGAGUGGGGUCUCCAGCCCCAGAGGGAUGAUGAUGGAGCAGUCAGGGAGCAGAUGGGAGUGGGAGGUGCCUAGCACUCUGGGGGAGCCCUGGGUCCUUCAGAGCCUGGGAACAGGGGUGGGGUCCACCACAGAGAAGCCACAAGAGCCAACAGGAGUGGCCAGUGAGGCCAGGAGAGAGGAACAAGCAGAAGUAUCCCUGCAGGAGGUGGUCAAGAGCCUCAGACGCGGGCUCUGGAAGGCCCAGGAGCAGGCUGAGCAUCAGGAGGAGCUGCUGAAGGAGCAGCAGAGGGAGCUGAAGGCGCUGCAGGAGCAGCUCAACAGGUAUCAGGAGGAGAAGGCCUGUCUGCAGGCAGAGCUGGAGCAGAAGCGAGAGGAGGCUGAGAGAAAGGAUGCCAUGUAUCAGGAGGAGCUAGGAGGGCAGCAGGACCUGGUCCGGGCCAUGAAGAGGCGGGUGCUGGAACUGACUCAAGAGAAGGACACCCUGUGGCGGAAGGCCCAGCAUCUCUCUUCCGUGGCCCCCAGAUGCUGUGUCAGCUGUAACAAGGUCUUCCACCGGCUCUCCCGGCGGUAUCCUUGCAGCCUUCCUGCCUCUGCUUCCCAGGCUCUGUGGAGGCCUCGUCUGCCAUAGCUGCUCUGCAGACUACAAGAAGAGAGACCACUGCUGCCCACCCUGCGCCCAGAGAGAGGGAGCCCAGGCUACCUGACCAAGACCUCCCCCACCCGACUUGCUCCUUUCCCUUUGCCCUUCCCAGCCCUCUGGACUGUCUGGUCCUACCUUCCAGAAAUGUCUAAGGCAGACAGCACCUGUGUGGGCAGACCGUGGGGUGGGAUGGGGUGGAGGAGCACUGGACUGGGAGUCAGAAGAAGGUUCCAGUCCUCGGGGCUUUUUCCCUAAAAUUAAGGGGUCAGGCUCCAUCCGCCUUUAAGUCCCUUCUGGCUCAGCAAAUCCAUGACUGCGAAUAAGACCCCAGGGUCCCUGACAUUUCUCUUCUGCACCCCCUGUCUCACCCAGCCUCGGUGCCUCCCUUCAUGAUUCACAAGAAAUGAAGUCCGCAGGGUCUCAGGUGCCUCAGUAGCUUCCUGUCUGGAAUCUACUUUAGGGAUUUGUUUUUGAUUUUUAAUAGUGUUAUUAGAGUACUUCUGACAUAUAAUAAAC